AUGUCCAAGACUGAAGGCGCCACUUACACGCAUGGCCACCAUGCCUCUGUUCUCCGUUCUCACACUUGGCGCACUGCGGCCAACUCGGCAGCCUACAUUCUGCCUUAUCUUAAGCCUGACAUGAAGAUUCUCGACGUCGGCUGUGGCCCUGGAACAAUCACUGUUGAUCUGGCUGCCAACCAUGUGCCGCAGGGCCACAUCACGGGGCUGGAGAAUGCCGCCGGAGUGCUAGUGCAAGCUCGCGAUCUCGCCAAGGAGAAGGGCGUAACAAACGUGGAUUUCGUCGAGGGCGAUGCUAAUGCUCUCACAUAUGCGGACGACACGUUUGACGUCGUUCUCUGCCACCAGGUGCUUCAACACGUCAAGGAUCCAGUGGGCAUUCUGCGGGAGAUGCGCCGAGUGGCCAAGACGGGCGGCAUCGUCGCUGCCAGAGAAUCCGACUUUGGAGGCUUCAUCUGGUACCCCGAAGUCGACGGCAUGGACGACUGGCUGGCAUUCUACUCAGCCAACGCGCGAUCCAACGGCGGCGAGCCCAAUGCCGGCCGCCGCCUGCAUACCUGGGCCAAGCAGGCGGGCUUCUCGCCUGAGGCCAUCACCAACGGCUCAAGCACCUGGUGCUACAGCACAGAGACGGAGAUUGCCUGGUGGAGCGGACUGUGGGCAGAGAGGACGGUGGCCUCGUCGUUUGCGAAGACGGCGAUUGAAAAUGGGACGGGCACCAAGGAGAGGCUGGACAAGGCGGCUGAGGCGUGGAAGCGAUGGGGCAAGGAGGAGGAGGCGUGGUUUUCGGUUCUGCACGGAGAGAUUAUAUGCCGCAAGUGA